AGAUACCUGAUUCCAGAGCUUUGCAAACAGUUUUACCAUUUGGGUUGGGUCACUGGGACUGGAGGAGGAAUUAGCUUGAAACAUGGCAUAUGCCAUUAAUUAAAUCAAGCAGCUUUCUGUGUGACUUGAUGUAUAAAGAAUAUUGAUGAUUGGACUGCAAGAAUACACUUGUCUUUGGUCAAAAGCAGAACAGUAGAGUUAAAUAAAUGCCAAUUUCUAUAUUUUGUGUUACCAGCAAUGAAAUCUACAUUGCUCCUUCAGGAGUGCAAAAGGAACGGAUUCAGCCGGAAGAUAUGUUUGUUUGUGACAUCAAUGAACAGGACAUAAGUGGACCUCCGCCAUGUAAGAAUCUUAAAAAAAGCCAGUGUACUCCUCUUUUCAUGAAUGCUUACACAAUGAGAGGAGCAGGUGCAGUGAUUCAUACCCACUCAAAAGCUGCUGUCAUGGCCACCCUUCUCUUUCCAGGACGAGAGUUUAAAAUUACCCAUCAAGAGAUGAUCAAAGGAAUAAGGAAAUGUACUUCGGGAGGGUAUUACAGGUAUGAUGAUAUGUUAGUGGUACCCAUUAUUGAGAAUACACCUGAGGAGAAAGACCUCAAAGAACGAAUGGCUCAUGCAAUAAAUGAAUACCCCGACUCCUGCGCAGUCCUAGUCAGGCGUCAUGGCGUGUAUGUCUGGGGAGAAACCUGGGAGAAGGCCAAAACCAUGUGUGAGUGUUAUGACUAUUUGUUUGAUAUUGCUGUAUCGAUGAAGAGAGUUGGCCUGGAUCCUACACAGCUUCCAGUUGGAGAAAAUGGAAUUGUAUAAGCCAAAUGAAAGUUUAACGAUAUACACAAAGUUUAUCUUAAUUAUGACUCAAAUGAAACUUGACUAUUCUUUUUAAUGAAUUGAACAUUUCUGUGAUACUAUUAAUUUGUCACUAAGUACAAGAUGGCCACCCUGAAUCUCUUCUGACAUUGGAUGAUAUUUGCUUAUAUUUUUGUAAUUUUAAAUGACACUGCAGUGGAAUAAAAAUUAUUUCAUAAUGAA